AUCAUAUCCAUUCACAUAAUCUCUUUGCUACACACUUGAAUGCAAAACCAACUCACAGGAGCUUUCUCCUCCAAUGGCUUCCGUCUUCUCCCUUCCCUCACCUUCCUCUGUACUCACGCACCCUUCUUCUAAUUUCAAGGGCAAUGUGAGAAAUCUCAGCUCAAAAAUAUGUCAAUUUCCUUCGAUACGCAAUUACAAGAACAGCAGUAGCGUGCAACAACAGCGGAAAUCCUUAAUUGUAGCUUCUUCGUCGCCGAUUCCAUCAGUUGUUGUGAGUUCCAAUGUCCGAUUCCGGCUUGAUAAUUUGGGUCCCCAACCGGGUUCGAGAAAGAAAGCGAAAAGAAAGGGUAGAGGACACGCCGCUGGUCAAGGUGGGAGCUGUGGGUUUGGAAUGAGAGGUCAGAAAUCGAGGUCUGGUCCCGGUGUUCGCAAGGGUUUUGAGGGUGGUCAGAUGCCUCUUUACCGUCGACUUCCCAAAUUGAGGGGUAUUGCGGGAGGUAUGCAUGCUGGACUAUCAAAAUAUGUUCCAGUGAACUUGAAAGACAUAGAAACUGCAGGAUUUCAAGAGGGGGAAGAGGUUUCACUAGAGUCACUGAAACAAAAGGGUCUGAUCAAUCCAUCAGGAAGAGAAAGGAGGCUUCCUCUGAAGAUUCUUGGUGACGGUGAAGUGAGUGUAAAAUUGAAUUUCAAGGCUCGUGCCUUUUCUGCACAAGCGAAAGAGAAGCUUGAAGCUGCUGGUUGUUCAUUGACGGUUUUGCCAGGCCGAAAGAAAUGGGUAAAACCGUCUGUUGCUAAGAACCUUGCUCGUGCCGAUGAAUAUUUUGCCAAGAAACGAGCGGCUGCGGCUGCUGCUGAGUCACCAGAAACACCUUCCACUGCUUAGAACCAUACAACUGAAUCAAUUCUUUUGUUGUUGUAAGCUUCAAAGUAGAUGUAAAGCACACUAAUUCAUAUUCUGUUUGUCUGGAAUCUUUUCAUCCUUUUUUAUCAUCAAGAAUAUAAAGAUCCCAUCUUGAUUGUGCUAA